AUGCUGGGCUGUGUGCACUCAGUCUGCUGUCUCUCCGCAUUGCUGCUACUGGGAGUUCAAACACUUUUUGCACAACAACUGCUGCCCGGGUCCUGUAAUUUUGAGCUGGGAGCAUGUGGCUACACCUCGGACCCCCACUAUGGCUCCUGGACCAUCAACGAGGAAGGACACAUGAUCACUCUGGACCCAGACCUACAGGACCUCCAGGACCCUCAGGAGAGAGCGAUCCUGCUGAGCCCGUUCCUGGAGCAUCAAGAGUGGAGCUGUGUGCGUCUGGUCUAUCAGCUCACAGGGAACAGUUCUCUCCUGCUCCACCUCAGGCCAAAGCACCACACAUUUGACCGCACUCUGUGGAAGACUCACACAGCCUCAGACAGUUGGCUCAUCGCCAGCGUGGACCUGCCCAACACCACACAGCCAUACCAGAUUUUGUUGGAGGGGAAAACUGACAGAGAUCCACAAAACAGUGCCGCCAUAUUUGAAAUACACAUAGUUCCUGGUUACUGCAUUGAGUGUAACUUUGAGGAGCAUCACUUGUGUGGCUAUAGUAACAGUUGGAAUCCAAACGUAAACUGGUACGUGGGCGGGAGCUUGGCCAGUGAGUCCAACCUGCUGGAGGCUCAGAGACACUAUCCACACUCAGGACAGUACAUGUAUGUGGACUCUGUGUACGCCAAGCAGUUCCAGGAAGUGGCCUAUCUCACAUCUCCCAUGACAACAGCACCCAUGAGCGGCUGUCUGUCCUUCUUCUACCUCCGAAACCAGGGGAGGGACAAUAUAUUCUCCGUCUUCACCAGGGACCAGCUGGGACACUAUGAGGAGCUGUGGAGACCAGAGGCUCAUGUGUCAAUGGGCUGGACUCAUGUCAGUGUGGACAUCAAGGCCCCCCACCCUCUGCAGGUGGUGUAUGAGGUGGCUUUCAACAGCGCCAGAGGAGGUUACGUUGCUAUUGACGAUAUUUCCUUUUCUCCAGUGUUCUGCCACAAUGACACUGAGCCAGACUUCGACCCUUCUGUUGCUAACUGUGACUUCGAGGAGGGGCUGUGUCAGUACUUUCUGGAGUUUGGAGUCUGGAGCAGGACAUCAGUGAAGGCCAACAUGUACCGGACCGGAGACCACACCACAGGGACAGGUUACUUCCUGCAGACCCAUGUCCCGUUCUCGUCCCGGGCGUCUUACAUGGACCGUCUCCAUGGCCCUCUGUUGCCUGGAAACACAAAAUACUGCCUGAACUUCUUCUACCUGCUGCACGGGUUCAGGGGGCUGGACCACGCUCUGUCCGUCUACAUUUACGAUGAGAAUAACGUGAUCCUGGAGAAGCUCUGGAGUCUGACUGAUACAACCAGAUCAGUGUGGCACAAAGUGGACCUCACCUACAUGAAACCAAUGCGCUCAAAGGUGGUGUUUGUGAGCCUCUGUAAGACCUUCUGGGACUGUGGCUCUGUGGCUUUGGACGACAUCAGUGUGAAUGUGGGGGACUGCCAGAUCAACUCAGUUUCAUUGGCGGCCCGGUGUGACUUUGAGCAGGACCUGUGUGGCUACAUGCAGGACAAAAACGACAGUGCUGAUUGGCUUAGAGUCCGAGGCAUGACCCCCACCUUCUACACGGGGCCCAGAGGAGACCACAGCACAGGGGUGGGAUACUUUGUGUACAUCGAGGCCUCUCUGAUGCGUCCUGGUCACAGAGCUCGUCUGCUCAGUCCUCAGAUGCGUGGCUCCUCCUCUCCUCUGUGUUUGCUUUUUCACUUCCACAUGUACGGCUCCGGCACAGGAAUCCUCAGGGUCCUUCUGAGGCGCAGAGACCACGCACGGGACUCUCCUCUGUGGAAAAGGACUGGGGAGCAGGGCAUCGGCUGGAUGAGGGCCACAGUCGACUAUCGCAGUGAUCAGGCUCAUCAGAUUGUCUUUGAAGCGACUCGGGGCCCUUCCCUCAGGAGUGACAUUGCUUUAGACGACAUUGAGUUUAAACAAGGGCCAUGUGAAGAUCUUACAGAGUCAUAUUCUGGCUUCUCUGAGGAUUUCAAUAACAUCGAAAGUUACCGCUAAAAGUUUUGUAAAGAUGGAAAGAUUGUAGCUGCA